AAAAAUCUACAUUGCAAUUUUCCCGCUAGAUCAGUUUAAUGUAAACUUGACAACAACUACUUGGUGCAGUUAAAAUGGCGCUCGGUAGUGCUUCAAAUUCUCUGAGAAAAGAUUUUUGGAAAGAAAUUUCGUGUAAUUCAUCAUCAGCAGUAAAAGUUGUUCAUGAAAAAUUGCAUCUUUGUAUUCCUCCAUAUUACUUGAGUGAUCUAGGCAAAAGUGUAGCAUCUGUUAUAGAUUGCAGAUUGAUUCGCUACGAACCAGACCUUGGUGGAAUUUUGGCUGGCUACGGAAACCUCGCUAUUCGAGAAUCUAAAGCCCAAACGCUCUUCAAUUUGAGUGACAUUCAUGUUGAUGUAGUAGGAAAUUUCUACAUUUUUAAUCCAGAAGUUAACCAGGAGCUCGUUGGGAUAGUGAACAGGAUAAGUGUUGAUCAUAUUGGUUGUCUUGUCCAUGGUCUUUUUAACAUUAGUCUUCCAAAACCGUUUAACGUAGCAUCUGAAAAUUGGUUGGGAAAACCUGCAAAAUUGCUAGACAAGGUCAAGUUUAGCAUCACAAAAGUUGAUCUAUAUAGCAUUGUUCCUUACAUAGAAGGAAAAAUUGUUGAAUUAAUACCUCAGGCUGAACCAAGUACUGAAUCAAGGCAAAGAACAAGCAGUGAUAGUGGAGUUGAGUUUGCAAGUGAGGAAUCUACAAAUAUAGCUCUAAGCCCAGAAGAAAGUAUGGAACAGAAGAGAUCUAAACUAUCACUGUCUCAGCGGAAAAAUGAAGCAAAGCUUUCACUUACAUCAAAGCUAAAUACUGUUCCAACACAAAAUGAGACUUGCAAAAUUAUGGAUGAAUUUAAUGAACAAGACAAGAAAAGAAAACGUAAAAUUUCUGAAGAUUCAGUAAUGAAGGAAACUCCUAAAAAGAAAAAAGCUAAACUAUUUGGAGGUAAAGGCAUUGAAUCUGAAAUCGAAGAUACUGCUCCAGUAGAAAGUUUAGCAACCAAUUUAUUUGAGAAGUUUUCAAAAAAACUGGAACAGUCAUCAACACCGUUUUGCCCACAGAAGAAAGCACAAAUCAGCAUACACACUGAAACUUCCAUAGAUGCAGAAUUAGUCGAAUCUAAUGUGGUGCUGGGUUCUGAAGAAUUGGCAGACCCAAUAAUGAAAGAACUUCAACAAACCAAAAGCAGUUUGAAAAAGAAGACAGGAAAAAGGAUUUUAGAAGGAAUCGAAGAACAGCCAAAGUCGCCAGAAAAAAUUAAGUCACAGCAAAAAUUAGAAGUUGAAUUCGAAAUGAAGAUCGAUUCUGACGAAGAAACAAAGAUUUCCUUCAAAACACCUUCAUCAGAGAAAAAAUCAAAAUCGCGUCUGGAAAAGAAAAACGAAGGAGGUUCAAAAUUAACAGAGAUGAAAACACCAGAAAAAUCUGUGAAUCAACCGGCUUCUCUUAAGAAGUCGAAGGACUCGAAAAAAGUGAAUGGUACGGCGACCCCCAGCAAAUCUUUAAAAAAGAAGGGUAUUGCACUUGAACAGGAGGGUGAAGAAGAAGACAAUGAAUCCAUCAUCCAAGAGCUGUUAGGACUUAGUCUUCCUAUUACCUCACCACAGUCUACUCCUGUAUUAAAAAAGAAACAAACUCCUUCGGCUAAAUCAGCAAAAUUGGCUGAGUCGGCGAAGAAGUUAAAAGCACUAGAAAAAAAGUUGGACUCAAUGCCAAAAUCUGUACAAGUUCAGGGUCCUGAAACUGCCUCCCCAAUGAAGAACCUGAAAGAAUCGUCAUUGUCAAAGAAGAGUCUAAAAGCUCUGGCAUCAGAAAUCAAGCAAACUCCAUCAGUUGAAAAAACAGAAAGUGUUUCAUCACCACCACGAACUCCAAAAGCUAACGGAUCAUCCAAAAAGCUCGUAAAGAACGCUUCGCCAGAAAAAAUAUCGAAUGCUUCUUUGUCGGAGAAAGAAGUAAAAUUUGAGCAACCGAAGAAAAGAGCCAAGUUAAGAUCAAAUAAGGAGAAGUCGUUGAAAUGUGAUGCUAGCUCCGGCGAUGAAUUUGAUCAAGAAGAAGCUAUUCUCAAGAUUUUGCAGUCAGUGCAACCAAAAGAAAAGUCAGAUAAAACUAAGACUAAAAGGAAGUCGGUUAAUUCUUAAAUUUCGAAGCAACUCUUGAACACGAUUAUUUUUCCGACCCGUCAUUCAUAAAUUUUGCUUUUCAGAAGAUCACUGGUAUUUUUUUUUUUUUUUUACGUUUCAUUGUCCUAAAUUGCAACGUGACAACUUUUAAGGUUAAAAGCAAGAGAAACAAUAAAAGACAGUUUAUUUCA